UUGGUUGAAGUCAGUUACCCCGAAUUUAUCCGCCUGGUGCGGCGGGCCUACCGCCGGUUGCCGCUUCAUGUGCUGGACGCCCUGGAAAACGUCGACAUCACGGUGGAAGAAUGGCCGGGUCCUGAUGAGGAGGAACUGCUGGAGGAAGGGAGCACACUAUUCGGUCUGUACUACGGAGUACCUCUGACAGAUAGGGAAGGGUUGCCACCUUCCCUGCCCGACCGCAUUACCCUCUAUCGCCAGCCCAUUCUGGAAAGCUGCGAGACCCGCCGCGAAGUCGUCCGCGAAAUCCGCAUAACCCCUGUGGCACGAGGAAUCUGGGCCACCGGUCUCCUGGUUACUGAAGAAGAACCCGACCCCGGCCGUGCAGUUUGGGACGAGUUUUGUGGGCAUGUGGAUAACCUGUCUCCUCGUACCCCCGGAACCUGUCUGGCUGGCAAUCGCAUUUGUGUGCUUCCGCGUCUUUGA